CUUACUCAUGCGACGCCUGGUGAUCAUCCAUACCUUGUUCGCACGAAACGGAUGCCCCUGCGUGCCCGCAGACAUUCGCCGCAGAUCCGCGUUGAUCGCCGUCGGCAAUCCUUCUCCCUUGCCGGCAGAGGCCGGUCGAGAACACGACAGGCCUGCUUCAUAUGCACCGUCAACAUUGUCUACUUCGUACACAUACUACUCCCUUUACUUUCUAACAGCCGAGCUGGCACCCGGCAGCAGCAGUCUAGCUUGUACGUGAUGUGAACGAAGAUUCCC